AUGGCGUUGAUCAAGAUCGAAAUCAUCUCAGAUGCAAUCUGUCCCUGGUGUUACAUUGGGUAUCGAAACCUGCAAAAAGCUAUCUCCUUAUACCAAGAGACAUCCCCCGGUGGCUCGAAUGACACCAUAGAAGUAUGGUGGAGACCAUACUUCCUCGAUCAAGAACCACCAAAGGAAAGCAUCUUCAUACAAGACCGGAUGCUCCGCCGCAUGGAUCCCAAAAUGGUAGCAGCGGCCCAAACCCGCUUGAAGCGCGUAGGUGCAGAUGCCGGGAUCCGCUUCAGGUUCGGUGGGUAUAUCGGGUCCUUUCGACUAGCGCAUCAGCUGCUGCAUAUGGCCGCUCGGGAGGGGAGUGAGUUGCAGUGUUGGGUUUCAGAGUUGCUCUUCCACUACCAGUUUGAGGAGGAGGCCGAUAUUAGCCAAUUAGGUACUGUGAUUGCUGUUGGUGUACAGGCUGGAUUGCGUGAAUGGAUAGCUAGCGGUGCCGGGAUAGCCGAAAUGGAAGCUGAAGCGAAGAAGGCAAGGGCUGAUGGAGUCACCGGCGUGCCCCAUUUUGUUAUUGGGGGGAAGCAUCAUAUGGAGGGUGCUGUGGAUAUGUCCCAACUGUUUCAGGCUUUUGUUGCUAUUAUAGAAGGGCAGUAG